ACGGCCCAUUCUUGGCAGUUGUUGAACACUGAUCGCCUGCCUCGUCGACCCAGGAGAAGAAACGAUGCACCCGACUUCUGAUGCCAAUCAACGCAUUGCUAGGAUCUCAGCUCAUCUUCAACCUUCCAAUUUCCAGAUGGGGGAGAGUUCUGGCUUGAGCAGGGAGAAUUGCAGGGCAAAAGGUGGAGCCCCUGGAUUCAAAGUUGCUAUAUUGGGUGCUGCAGGAGGCAUAGGACAGCCUUUGGCCAUGUUGAUGAAGAUGAACCCACUGGUUUCAGUGCUUCAUCUAUAUGAUGUUGUCAAUACACCUGGUGUCACUUCAGAUAUCAGUCAUAUGGAUACGGGUGCUGUGGUGCGUGGUUUUCUAGGGCAACAACAACUCGAGGAUGCCCUUACAGGCAUGGACCUUGUAAUUAUUCCUGCAGGAGUUCCAAGGAAACCAGGAAUGACAAGGGAUGAUCUGUUUAACAUCAAUGCUGGAAUAGUUAAGACCCUUUGUGAAGGAAUUGCUAAGUGCUGCCCAAACGCUAUUGUCAACUUGAUCAGUAAUCCUGUAAAUUCUACAGUUCCAAUUGCAGCAGAGGUUUUCAAAAAAGCCGGCACCUUUGACCCAAAGCGACUUUUGGGGGUCACAAUGCUUGAUGUUGUCAGAGCCAACACUUUUGUGGCGGAAGUUUUGGGACUUGAUCCCAGAGAAGUUGAUGUUCCUGUUGUAGGUGGUCAUGCAGGGGUUACAAUUUUACCUCUUUUAUCUCAGGUCAAACCUCCAUGCUCUUUCACCCCGGAAGAAAUUGACUACUUAACUGCUCGGAUUCAGAAUGGUGGUACUGAAGUUGUUGAGGCAAAAGCUGGGGCUGGUUCUGCAACACUAUCAAUGGCAUAUGCUGCUGUUAAAUUUGCAGAUACAUGCCUGCGGGGCUUGAGAGGAGAUGCUGGGGUUAUCCAAUGUGCUUUUGUGUUUUCUCAGGUCACUGAACUUCCUUUCUUUGCGUCCAAGGUCAGGCUUGGCCGUACUGGUGCUGAGGAGAUCUACCCACUUGGCCCCCUGAAUGAGUAUGAGAGGGCCGGCUUGGAGAAGGCAAAGAAAGAGUUGGCGUCAAGCAUCCAGAAGGGGAUCUCCUUCAUCAGGAAAUGAAUUGGAUCCAACCACGAUUUUCUUGUAGAUUGAUUUCUGGCUCUUAUUAGCUCCCUUUAUGCUCUCUAUUCUCGUAGUCAUAGUUCCUGGAAAUAAGUGAUCAAGUCCCUUUUACUUCAAAACCGGAUUGAAGAGAGUUACUUCAUGUGCAGCUGCUGAGAGGAAUAAAAGGAAUGUGGAGUUGCUUCUCUGGGGAUUUCAGUUGUACUUUAUUCAAUAAAUGGAUGGAUAUCAUAUCUGUAAACUUGAAGCUGGUCUCAGUUUCAGUUGUACUUCAUAUACUUCCCCUAUUCUUCCUCUUUUUGCUCUUUCUAGAUGAUUAAUUAAACGAGGAAAAGUGGGAUUCCAUUCAUUAA